AUGUCAUAAAGUGACCCUGCUUAUUUUGAGAAACAAAAGGAAGCCUUGAAUAAUUUUUUAUAAAAUAGAAGUGAAAGCUUUUCAGAACGUAAUAUAUAUGAUAUUCGGGAUCGGUUAAGCAGGAUUUCAGAGGAAUCUCAUUCGGAGCGAACUCGAGAUCCAAAUCAUGUAUUAAUAUUGAUUAAUGGUAAUUGUAGUAAAAUUUACAGAAUUAUCAAAAGUGGUUUAUUGAGAAUAGUUUAAACUUUGUGGUUUAUGUAUUAUCAAAUGUGGAGCCUCAAAUAAGUCGUAAUGUGAAGUUCAAUGUUAGAGCAGCUACAGUUGAAUUACUUUAAAAAAAGAUUCUAUUGUAACAUAUGACUUAGUCAGUGGUUGAUUAACUUACAAUAGUUUUAGAAAAGGAUAAUGAGAAUAAUGCAGCCAUAGCUAUUCGAAUUAUGAAUGAUUUACUAAAGACUAAUUAAUAACAAUCACAUUAAUAUUAGAGAUCAAAUAGUAUAUUUACAGAUGCAUUACUAUUAAAAUUAUUCAAUUUUUUUGAAUAGAGAAUUGAAUUUUUAGUGAAAUUUAAUAAUGAGUUAAAGAAAUCAUAAUAUAAGAAAUUAAUGGGAGAUAAUUAAAUUAAUGCAUUUCAUGAUUAAACAUAUAUAUUAUAACAUGAGAAUGAUGAUAAUAAUAAUAAUAAUAAACGUGAAAAAGACAUUCGAUUGAAUAUAUAUAGUUUAUCAUUUGUGACCAAUAUACCUCCAUUUUUUAUCUAUACAAUUUUUGCCCUUGAUUCUAUUAUCAGGGAUGAGGUAAAAUAGAAAAUAAAGCUAGACCAAAACAUAAAUGAGAGAAGUCUUGAAGAGAGCACUUAAAACCAUGAAUUAAGUUAUAAAUGAAACCAAUUUUUAAGAUUUAUUACAGAAAGUACCAAGAAACAUAGUUUAAGAACUAUUUAAUGCAUAUUCUAAAUUUUUAUAAUUAUUUGCACUUACUAUAAAAAGAGAUGAAUCAUAAAUGCAAUCAUAAUCUAGAAUUAUUAAAGAUUUAGCUGAUACUGUUAAAUUAGAUUAAGUUGUAGCUACAAUCAUUAAAACACUUAAACAUUGUCCAGUUGAUAUUAUGCAUAUAAGAAUUGAUAUUAGUAAUCGUCUUAAAUAAGCUAUGAUUUAAAAAAGAGAUCCUGUAUAACCAAAUGAAAUGUAAGAUAAAAUUAAUGAAAUUAAUGCUAAUGUAGUAGAAUUAAUAGAUGAAGAAACUAUUGUUGGUAAAAAUCUUAAAAUACCACCUUUUCAAAAAUCUAGUAUCUAUCAUAAUUGGUUAGAAAUUGUUAAACAUGUUGUUCAAAGUUAUUUACCAAAAAGUGAUUAAUCUCCUUAAUAAAUGAAUAAUCUAGAAAAAAUGUAAACUGAUUUUAUCAAUAAUCAAAUCUAUAUGGAAAAAAUCUUUAAUACAAUAUUUAAAUUAUUGUUUGAUUCAUCAUUACAAUUAUAAAUUCAUGAAAAAGCCUUAGAUUUAAUUAAAAUAUUUCUUGAUUUAUUUAGUAAAUAAUCAACAUACUUUAUUGAUAAAAAUUUACUAUAAUUUUAUGUAGAUUAAACUUAAUAAUAAUAAAAUGAUAAAAUAUUUAAAAAAAUUACAAAAUAUAGUCCAAAAUAUAAAUUACUUGAUAGAUUAUUUUCUAUGAUAGGAAUGAAAUUAAAUCAAAUUAGAAAAUAAAUAUAAUAAAUCAAAUAAAUGCUAAUUAGAACAUAAAGAUGGGGAAUUACAAAAAAAACUACACCUUAAACUAAUGUUGCUUCAAUACCUAGUAAUCCAGAUGCUCUUAAUGAAAAUUAUAUCUCAUAAUUAGAAUAAUAUAUAUUAGAAUCAGAAAUAGAUAUUGAUCAUAAUCUAAUUACUCAACAAGAUUAAACAGCUACUCAAGUUUAUACUUAUGAUGAUGAAGAAGAAUUUUAAAUAAAUUCUCUAAGUAUAAGUAAUUAUACUUAAUAUGUUGAAUUUGCAAAAGAUUUAAAAUCAAAGGUUUUUGAUUAAUUAAAUGAUAUCUUAUAGAAAUUAUUGAUAUUUGUUACUAGUACAAAUAAAGAGAUUAUUAAUAAACAAAAAAAUAGAACUAAUUAUAUUAUGCCUACAAAAAUUACUCCAUUUAUUUAGGUUAUUAGUGAUAAUAAACCAUAUCUUAGUAAUAUAUAAUGUCAUUAUAUGUCUAAAAUAUUGAAAAAUGGAUUAAUGAUAUUUGAUGAAUUGCAUGAUCAUUAAAGAAAUCAUUUUGAAAUUCUUGAUUAUAAGAAAAAGACUAUAUCUUAAUUUAUGCAAUUCUUUAUUUAAUUUUAGGAUCCAAUUAAUUUUAAAAAUAUAUUUGAACCUAAUUCAAAAUUAAUCUUGAAGAUUUCUGUAAAUUUAAUAAAAACUUGUCCAGAAACCAAUUGUCUUCCUAUAUUAUUAUAAGAUCAUUUGGGAUUUAAUAAUUAAUAAUCAGAUUCUUAAAAUCCACAUAAAUAAUCAAUAAAAUAUUAUAUAGAAUUUUUAUUACAUUUAUAUUUAAAAGAAUUACAAACAACUCCAGAAUUACCAACAAAAUUUGGUUAUAUUAGAGGUGGAUAAUUAAUGAAAAAUUAAAUGAAUAUUUAAUAAAAGGAUUAAGAUGAAUAUAUUUCUUUAAUAUAAAAGUUACUUAGAAUACCAAUAAGAUAAUUUCCAAGAGUAAAAUGCUAAUAAAAUGAAGAACCAAUAGUUAAACCAUUAGUAAAAUAACUUAUUCUAUUUUUUGUAAAAAAAACUCAUGAAACAUAUUAUCCAAUAGAUUUUUUAGGUUUAUUAUUAUCAUUAGUUAAAAGAAUUUAAAUUAAUGAUCAAGGAGAAGGAUUAUCAAAAUAUUUUUAAUAGUUAUGUGAUAAAUAUGAUAGAAAUGAUAAAUAAUAGAUGAUAUAAAGAUAAUAAUAUGAACUAUAUCAUAGAUUAAGUAUGAGUGGUGUGAAUAUAGUAUUAAAUAUGUUUGAAUUAUUUUAAACAGGAAUAGUGGAAAUUUAGGAUAUAGUUGCAGAAGUAAUAGCUAAUUUUCCAUUAUAAAAAACAAUAUAAAUUAAUUUAGCAAGAUAAUAUCCAAUAUUUGCAUAAUGUUUAUUUCGAGCAUUACAUAAUAUAUCAACAAUAGAAAAUUAAGUAAUAUAAAAAACAUUGAUGAUGUUAGAGAAUAUUGUUACUAAUUUGAGUAUGGAAGAGAUGAAAGAAUUCUUUGGAGAUCUAUUAUAACCAUUUAUUGAAAAAUUGCUGACUUUUCCAUCUGAAUAUAAGAUGGCUGAUAUUUAUUCAAAAUAAGUGAAUUUAUUUUUAGAUCCUUCUUUUAAAUCAUUGAAAAUACUUUCAAAAUUAGGUUCAUUAGUUCGUAAAUCAGAAUGGCCAAUUGAAAUUAAAAGAAAUCAUACUGAUAAUUCUUAUAAAAGGAAUUAAUAUUUAGAAGUUUAAAUAGAAGGAUUAUAAUCAUCUAUUAAAUUGAAUCUUACUGAAACUGUAAGAUGUGCUGUAGAGAUAUUAUAAAAUGUAUUAGAAUAAUAAUUAGCUACUUAUCUAUUUAAAUAAUCAUCUAUUUAACAUAGUUAUUCAAUUGUUAAAUAAGUUCUUUUAGGAUAUUAUUAAAUGCCUAUUUAAUUUGAUCAUGAUUUGUAUAAUUAUUAAAUACCUUAAGGGAUGGCAUUAGAAAUGAAAUUAUAAUCUCGACAAUGUGAAUAAGAUCAUUUGAUUUAUUAAGAUGAAGAAUUGAUAUUUGCAGUAACUAAAGUUUUUAUUGGAUUAAGUAAUUUCCAUAAUAUUAUACAAACAUUGACUACUGCAACAUUCCAUAAGAUAAAAGAAGAUGUAGAGAAUGUAGUAACAACUUUAUCAGAAAUGUUUUUUAUUUAAUUAGCUGAUGAUCAUUGUGAAAUCAUUGAAAAGAUUAAAUCUUCAAAACCAGACAUUAAUUCUUUAUUUACAAUGACAGAAACUAUAGUAUAAAAUUAUUUAAUUUUAAAACCUCAAUGUAUUAAAUGGAUUUCUUUUCUUUUCAGAGGAUUGAAUAAAAGAUAUAUGUUAACAGCUGAAGAAAAUAUGAAUUUCAAAGAUUUCUAUAUUUAAUAACAUGAAUUCAUUUGGAAUAAGUUAUUAAUGGGUAAUUGUUUAAAAAAAUAUAAAAAAAUACUUGAUAAUCAUAUGUAAAAUCAUUAAAAUAAAAAAUGGGCAUAUGAUGUUUAUUAUUCAGUUGUUAUUAGAUUAUUUGAAGAAUUUGUAUAUGAAAAGUUUGGAAAAUAAACUUAAUUAUAAAAAGAAGAUGAUCGUCGUCGUAAAAUCUAAAUAGUUUAAUGUAUAAUUUAAUAUAUUAUUUAUUUUAGCAUAUGGAGGAACAAUGAUUCCAUCAGAAGGAUUAAAUUGUAGAUCUAUUUCUAUUGAAUUAUUAACUGAAAUACAAAAUCUUCUACCUAAAUUUGAAGAUUAUUAUAAAUCUACUUAAAUAGUAGGAUUACCUUACAUUCCAGAUUAAAGAAUUAUUGAAUGUUCAUUCAUGUUACUCAGAUAAUUACCAGAAUCUAUUAAAGUUAUUUCACAAUAACUCACUAAAAACUUAUUAAAUCAAACAUUAAAUUAAUUAAUAAAAAAUCUUAAUUAUGACCAUUCAAUAUAUGAAUAUUCUCAUUAAAGUAUACUUCUUUUAUAAGAUAAAUUACGUUGUUUUAUUAAGAUUGUUACUUAGAAUUGUCUAACUUAUAAAAAAUCCAUAUUAUAAAUUUGUACAGAUCUCUUUGAUACUGUAAUUACUCAACAUUUUAAUGAGAAUUCAGGAUCAUUAUUUUAUAUGAAUAUUGGUUAAGAGAUGAAAUGUAAUCAUGAAGAUAAGAUUGAAUCUAUACCAUUAGACAAUUUAUAAUAAUUAGGAAAUGGACCAAAUCUUUGGGUUAAUAUUGAAUUUUCAGAAAUUCUUAUAUCUCCAUAUACUCAAAAUACUGUAUUGAAAGAAUUAGUUAUAAUUAUUAAAUAAUUAUGUGAAGAAUAGAAGAUGUCAGAUAUUAUAGCAUAGAAGUAUGCAAAUGGAUUUAGAAUUCUUACUUAUUUGCUUCGAAAAUAAGGACUUAAUAAAUAAGGUUAAUAUUAUUAUCUUUUUAAAACUGUUAUUUUAAAUUAAGAACCUCAUUUAGAAUUGAAAAUAGAAGAAUAUGUUCAAAGAUCAUAUAAAAUCUUAUAAUAAAAUGAGGAAUAGUAUUCUAAGCAAUCUAAAUUAAUUUUGAAUGGAGAAGACUCUUAAUCAGCAUAUAUUAAUGUAUCACAUGCUUUAGAUGAUUUUGAUUUUAAAAUUAAUAUUGAAGAUAUAGAUUUUGAAAUUAAAUGGUAAAGUCAAAUGGUAGUUUCUAUAUUUGGAUUUCUUAAACAAAUAGCAACUAUCAAUUAUAUAUAUGCAAUUUAAAAAUACUUAUUAAAAUCAAUUGAUAAAAAUUUCUUAUUGAAACCUUCAAUUUUGUCUAUGAAAUAUAAGAUAGUAGAAAUUUUAUAUGAAGGAUUGUUGAGAGUAGAAUAAAGUAUUAGAUAAUCAAGUUAUAAAUAUUUAUAAGAACUUGUAUAAUAAGAAGGAAUUUAAAAUGAUAAGACUUUAUUUGAAAAUGAUGAAAGAUUAAAAAAAAUAAUGAAACCUUUAUUAACUUGUGUGUAAUCAGAAAUCUUUCAUUAUGUACCAUCUUUCUUAAAAUCUUUGAAAUUGAUAUUAAAAUUAUUUAGUAAAGUGUUUCAUAGAACUUUAUCUGAUAGAUUAUAAUUACAUCUUUAAAAAAUAGUAUAAGAUAAUUUCUAAUAGUAUUAGAAUAAUAUUUAAACUUGUACUACAAUGGAAUGGUAGUCAUAUUAAUAAUAAUAAUCUUAAGAAUCUUUGAAUUUUUAAAUGGGUAUAAUAUCUGGAUUAUUAAAAUUAUUUUAACAUUUAACAUUUUAAUAGGCUAAUUAAGGGAAUGGACCUUUGAAUUAUAAUAUAGUAUAAAAGAUAAUAUAAGAUAAAAAUACAUUAAGAAGAAAUUAUAUUUUCAAAAUAUCUUAAAAUUAAUUAAAUUAAUCAAUUGAUAAACCAUUAGUUAAAUUUUUAAAUACAUUAGCAGCUAAUUCAUUUGAAAUAUUUCAAUAAUUUUUCUCUAAUACAUAAAUAUAACAAUUCCAAAAGUAAUUAGAAAAUGUGAAUUAAAUAUUGUGCAAUUAAACAACUAUAAAGAAUCUUUAAGAAUAAAUUCGUGAAAGAUUAUAAUAUAUAAAAACAAUCAGAUAGGUAAUUUCAGAACCUUCUGCAUAUCCUUUAAGAGAGAAAUUAUGUAGAGAGAAAUAAUAAUUGUUUUAAAAGAUAGUAAGUUUUAAUAAAACAAUUUAAGAACUUAGUAGUUCUUUAGAGAAAGGUCUUUUGUCUAAUUAAAUUUAAUUGACAUAGGAAUAAUUGUAAAGUUUUCAUUAAUAAAGUGUUUAGAAAUUAAUAAAUGGAAUAAGUAAAAUUCAAAUAGAAAUAAUAUAAUUUGGAUUUGAAUUAUGUAAACAUAAUCCUUCUUGUCUUAAAAGAAAUACAUAAAUACUUGAAAAUUUUAUAUUAAAAAAUAUAACAGAUCUUUUAGAACGUUAAAAAAAUAAUAAUAAUUAAAAUAAAAGUAUAUAAAUAAAUUAAUUAUAAUUUGCUUACAAUUAAUUAAUAUUAUCUAAUUAAUAAAUAAAUAGUUUAUUAAAUAAAUAUUGUAGUAUGCUUAAAUAAUAUAUCAAUUAAAAUGAAGAUAAUAAAUUAGCAAUUUAAGGAAUGUUAAAAUUAAUACUUUAUUCAACUUAAGAUAAAGUUAAAAAAUGGAUUAUUAAUGUUGCAAUGAAUAAAUCAAUUUAAUUAAGAAAAAUUAUUAUAGAAAUUUGGAUGGAUAAUUUUAAAUAUUUUGAAGAUGAAUCAAUUAAUUAAGUUUAAAUGACAAUAGGUUUUCAUGUUAUAUAUCCAAUACUCUUUUAUUCUAAUUAAAGAAAUGAUUUAGCAUAGAUUAGUUAACUAAAAUUAUUUGAGAGAAUCAAAGAUAUUAAUGAAGAUUUAGUUAAAUAAUAUAGUAAGAUUUUAAGUGAUAUUGAACAUCAUGCACCUAUGAAUUUUACAUAUAAACUUUAAAAUGGAUUAGCUAUAAAAUUAUCAGAUGUUAAUAAUUUUUAUAAAUCAUCUGUUAUUGAUAUGUUAUAAAUUAGUUCAUAUCUAAUUUGUUUUUAAGAACAAUAAUUACCUUAAGAUUUAAAAAUGUCUUAUCUAUCAUUUGGAUAUGAUAUGAUCAAUAAAUCUGAUAAAUUAGUUGCAUUCUAUGCUAAUCUAUAUUUUAGUAAAUAUUUGAAAAAGAAUUAAUUAAUUUAAAAUGAUCCAAUUUCUGUUAAUAAACGUAUUGUUAGAAUAUACACUAGAGCCAUUAAAUAAUUAGAUGAAAGUGGAUAAUCUGAAUAAGAAUUAUAUAGUUUAUGUAAAAAAAUAAUAAGUGUUAUAUUACCAUGGUUAGAUGAGGUUGAUGUAAAUGAUUAAAAAGAUUGGAUUUAAGCAACAUAAUAAUUAUUAAAAUAAGAAUAACCUAGUUUAGAUUCUGAAUAAGCAUAAAAAGUAAGUAGAUUUUGGUCAAUGUUUAUUAAAAAUCAUAAAAUAUUUCAUAGACAUCAUGAAUCAUUUAAUAUUCAUAUUAUAAACUCUAUGUAAUAAAUUGGAUUUUACAGUUCAAAUCAAAAUAUAUAAACUCAAUUAAUUCCAAAUAGUUAUCAAAAUUAUAGACGUAUUGCUUUAGAUAUGGCUUUCUUAUAAGUUGAAUGGAAGACUUAAUUGAUAAAAGGAGAAAUUCAAUAGAAAUCUAAAAAAUUUAAAGAAUCAUUUUAUUAAAUUGAACCUUAACAUCAUGAUGAAGCACUUUCUAGUGAAAUCUAUUAAUCCUUCUUUAUUAAAUAAUCUUUAAAAGCACAUAGUUUAGAGGAUUCUGAAUUAUCUAAAAGAGCAUUAUAUUUACUAAAGAAAAUAUUAAUAAUUGCUCCCUUGACCAAUUAAAAAAUGAAUAUGGAAACUUUAAAAAAGAAUAUAGCUAAUCUAAUGAACUAAGUAACAGAAACUUAAUAACCUAAUUAAAAUUAAAGAACAAUUUAAUAAUAACCUACUACUUCAUCUUAUUUUCGAUAUUUUAUGAUAGUUCUACAUAUUUUGAUGAUUAUAUCAGAAUUCCAAUAACCACAAAGAAUUCCUUAAUUAUUUUAACCUUAUUUUGACAUAAUCUUCCUUAUGCAUUAAUUACCUGAUUAACUCUCUUAAUAAAUGGGACAUCGUCCAAAUACAGCUAGGAUGCCACCAACUCAACCUAGACCUAUCAAUUAAUAAUAACGAUAACCCUAUUAAUCUACAGAUAGAACUCAAUAACAUUAAACUGCAUUAAAUUAAGAUUAUGCUCCUUUAAUAUUUAGUAUUUAUUGUAUUUUUCGUAAAUUAUUGAAAGUUGCAAAGGAAUAACAAAAUGAAUUAAGUGAAUAAUUUUAUAAUAACUUAUCUAAUUGGGUAAAGGAUGCAAUUUAAGGACAUCCUUAAUUUAGAAGAAGUAAUUAAUAGUAGGCAUAUGGAUAACAAAGAAUUCCUGUCUUAGCGAUAAAGGUGAAUAUAUUGUCUAUAUUUCUAUUGAAAUUAUUGUUUAAUUAAAAUUAAACAUAUGUGUGUCCUUUGUUACCAGCAUUAAAAAGGAUUGCAGAGAUUUUGAUUGAAUAUAUGAAAACUAAAGAUAAAGGAGAUUAAUAUUUAGACAAUUUAUGUAAGUACUAGAUUCCAAAAAGACAAUUUAAUAUAAGAGAGAAAGAUAAUUUAGAUUUUAAUGCUUAAAAAUAAUAUACUCAUGCAAAUUUAUCUUAAUAUAUAGCAGAUUUUGCAUAAAUGACUGAUGAUUUUCCAUUUGGUAUAAAAAAAAGUGAAGAAGUAUUAUAUUUUUCUGAGGAUUUUCCAGAAAAUCAAAAAAUAAAGUUUCAUUUACAUAGAUCUGCUUUAUAAAAGACAAUAAAAAUGAUGACUUAUAAUUUUGAUGAAAUUAAAGAUCAAAGAGAAUAAUUAGAAUUCUUAUAAUUAUUAAUAUCAAUAAUUGAAUCAGUACCUGAUUAUGAACUUAAAUUGGAAUGUAUAGCAAUUAUGCGACUUCUUUUUAUAAAUGGAAUAUCUAAUAAAGAAGGUUAUUUACUUGCAAUAUCAACUCAUUUAUCACCAAUUAGAUCAUAAUAAGUUAGAUUGGAAUUAUAAAAGAUGGAAGAUAAUAAGUAAUUCAAAGCAUCAAAAAUGCCGUAUGAAGUUCAAUUGAAUUUCUUUUUUGAUAUAAAUAGAUUAUAAAAUUUAUUUGAUAAAAAAAUAGAUUAACGUAGUUCUGAUAGCUAUGAUAAUAAUCAUGGAAAAAUAUAAGAUCUAAAGGUCUUAAAAUUAUAUUUUAUGUUUUUAUGUGAAUUAUUAUUAGUUCAUCCUUUUAAAAAAUAAUAAGAUUCAAUUAAUAGUGGAUUUUAUUAUCUUAAGAAUAUUUUUGAUAAAAGUAGUGGUUCAUUAAGAGAAUUUAGACGUAUUCUUUAAGUGAUUAGUAAAUUAAGUACUUGUUUAGAUUAUUUAUAAUUUUUUUAUAAGAUGAUUUUAGACAUAUAUGGAUACACUUAUGAUCGUUUCUUAUAAUUUUUAUUAGGAGAUCAAACAACAAAAUAAUAAGAUUAACCUUUAUAAACAGAAGGAGAAGAGAUCAUGUUAAUGGCAAUUAAGUUUUUAAUUUUAGGAAGAGGUCAAUUAAAAUAACCAAUAUAAUUUCAACUCUAAUAAUCAAAUAAGAUUAUAGUUAAAUUAGUUCCUUAGAGUGAUGAUUCAAAUAUGAGAGAAUAAGUACUUAAUAAAUAUUUAGCUAUUUAUUAUAGAAAAAAAUAAUGGAUAAAAUUAUAUAAUUCUAGUUUAAAAUUAAUAACUAGUGAAUAUUUACCUUCAAUUGUUAUUUAUAAUCUCUCUUAUAUUCCUCUAUAAGAUUAACCUUAAUAACCUUUAAGAGAAUGUAUUAUACCAAGUGCUGCUAUUGAAUUGAUGGGUACAGCAGCCAAUGUUAGUAGUCGAUUACUCAGACCACUCUUUAAUUAAGUAAUAGUUAAUGAUCUAAAGACAAUCACAUAACUUACAGAAUAUCUUCAAUAAUAAUCUUUAUCAUAUGGUACUAUGACUACUAUAUCAAAUUAUUUAGUUUAAGAUAUUUUGAGUUAAAUGUAGAAUAUUCAUUAAGUAUUAGAUCAAUAAUAAAUGUAACUAAAUUUCAAUAAUUUAAUUGCUUGUCUUCGUUAAAAGAAUUAAUUACAAUUAUGUUAAUACUUAUUAGAAUAAAUAUUUUAAUACUUAAGUGAAGAUUGUGAAUAUUAUUCAUUAUUAAAUGAAGAUAUUCUAGUAUAAUUAUAAGGUAUUUAUUAAGAAUAAUGGAAUAAAUAAAGUUUAUUAGGAUGUAAAUGUUUUACUGCUACUUAACCUUGGGUAAAACAAUUAGUAUUAAUGAAUCAAUUAAGAGAACCAGCUUAAUAAUAUUAAUUGAUAUUAAAUAAUCAAGAAUAAGUUGAUUAAUUUUGGUAAUAAUUAGAAUAAGAAACUCAUGAAUAUCAAGGUAUUUAGAAGGAAUAUGAUUAAUAAAUUAUUCAUCAAUUCUUUUCUGAAUCUUUGUAAUAACUUAAUUAAUGGAAUACUUUGAAAUAAGUUGAUUUGAGUAAAGUGUAAACAGUUUAAAAUAAAAUAAUUAUGGGAUUUAGAGAGAAAUAAAAGGAUUUAACAGAUUAAGGUUGGAAAGAAUUGAAUAUUUUAUCAGAAGUUAAAUAGAAUAUUUAAUAAAAUGAUAUAUAUUGUUAUAAUUAAGCUUACUUUAAAUUACUAGAUUUUGUUAGAGAUGAUUCAUAAUAAAAUUAACAUGGUAGAAUUGGAAAUCAUGUAUUGUAAUCAAUUGAAUAACAUCUUAAAUAUGCACAAAUAAUUAAUUGUUAUAAUUUCAUCAAAACAUUACCUAAAUUAACUUAAUCAUAUGAUUAAAUGAUGUCAUCACCUUAAUUAUGGGGAUAGAAAUUCCUUAAUUUUGUAUCUUAAUUUUAACUAUAUACAGAAUUUGAAGAAAGUUUAAGACAAUAUGCUAUAAGUGCAACUGUAUAUCCAAAUUAAUAAUAAGGUCCUCAUGAUAUGCUUUUAGAUUAAAUAUAUAAUGGUUAUUAAUCUAGUUUAUUAUGCAAAAAGUAUUUAUUUGAAAGACAACCUACUAAUAUUGAUUAACAAGAAUUUACAUUUGAUUUAAUUAGUUAAAGAAUGAUUCAAUUAUAAAUGUGUUUACAUCGUUUCAAUGGUUUUUUAACAUAAUUUAUAAAUGCAUAAUAAUAGAUGCCUACAAGUAUUUCUUUGGAUUUAAAAAGUUAUUAAUUAUCUAUUUUAGAUUAUAAAACAAUUUUAUAUCCAAUUAGAUAUUAUUAAUAAAAUGGUAUUUUUGAAUUGUUUGAUGAAUAAAGUAUAUUAAAAGAAGUACCAAAACCAUUAUAAAUAUAUGCUGAGAAAAUAUAUUAAUUAGAAAAAAUUAAAUUUAAAACAAUUAAAAUUUAAGAAGUUGAUUAAAAUAAUCAAUAAUUAACAGAUCUUUUAACUUAUUUUAGUAAUUUAUAAAUGGGAACAUAUAGUUCAGAAGAAUUUAAAGCUUAUAUGAUUAGUAAAAUAAGAAGAUAUAAAAUGAUUAAUUAAUGUUAUAAAUUGUUAAGAUUAGAUUCAUAAUAAUCUGAAAAUCAAUUAAAUAAUAAUAUGUAAACAGAAGAACCAAAAUUAGAAUAAAUGGUCAGUCAAACAAAUGAAUACUUCAUAUAAAAUCAAAUUAAUUAUUUAAAAUUCUGGAGAGAAGUAUAAAAAGUAUAUUAAUUAGCACAUAAGAAAUAUAGUAAUAAUAUUAAAUUUGCAUAAAAUUAUAUUCAAGUAUCAUCAAUUGGUAUUUAAUAUAAACCAUAAAAAUUCACUAUAAAUGGUAUGUAUAUGUUUCAUAUUAUAAAUAUUACUAAUCCUACAGAUUCUAUUGUAAUUGAUGCCUUUUCAUAAACAAUAGGUUUGAUUCCAUUACAUUUAUUAUAAAGAUUUUUAAUUCAAUUAAUAUCAACAUAUUUAAAAAGUCCUUCAGAAUAAAUAAGAAAAGAUUGUUUAGAAUAUAUAGAUAAAUUAUGUAAAUACAAUCCAUUAAAUAAUUUUUAAGUUAUUCAAUAUUUUAAGAGUCUUGGUUUAUUAAUUGAUGAUAGAUCUUAAUAAUUUGUAGAUCAUUUUUAAAAUUCUUCUAAAUUAAGUAAUUAAAUUGCAAAUAUAUAUUCAAUAUCAUAUCUAUUUAAUAAUAGAUUCGAUUCAUCUGUAUGGGAUACAUUAGAAGAAUUAAUUUAUUUAUGUGGUAAAGUAUUAGAUUAAAAAUAUUAUGAAUCUAAUUCUAUUAAUGUUAAUGAAAAAUGUUUAUAAAUAGUUAAUUUAAUACAAAAAUAUCAUUAAACAAAGGAUCAUUUAAAAUAAUUCUUACCUGUUAAUGAUCUUCAAAAAUGGAUAAAAAAUGAUUAAUUAAAAGCAAUUACAUCUAUUUAUAUUGCAUCAUUAAAAUUAAUUUAUGGCAAACUCUUUGGAUUUUAAAUUAAUUCAUCUGAAGAUUUCUCUUAAUAAUUGAGUUGUGCAUUAAAUACUCUUGCUACAUAAUAAAUUUAAAUAACAUAAUUAUAUGCAUUAAAUGAUGAAUUUAUUAUGAAUUAAUAUCCAAUGUUGGGACAAGAUGGAUAAUUAAAGAGAACUUAAGUAAUUGAAAAUGUUUAUAUUACAAGUAUGUUCCCUACUAUUAAUAUAAUGUUUUUAAGAAGAAAGAGAUUAAUUAGAUAAAUUGCAUUAUUAGGAAAUGAUGAAAAGAAAUAUUUAUUCCUUUUAAAAUCUAAAAAAAUAGAAAAUAAAAAAUUUAUAUAAAAUAUAUUAGAUGAAUAGAUAUCUUAUUAAUUUUUGAAAAUGACUAAUACAUUCAAUCAGAAUUACAAAGAAACUAAAAUUAGAAAUAUAAAACAUACUUUUAUUGAGAAAUAUCUAUUAGAGAGUGAAAAAUAAUUAUAUUAAAUAGAACCAUAUUAAGAGGAAACUUAUAAUUUAUCUAAUAUAUCUGAUUUAAUUGUUUCUCUUAAUUAUCAUAAAAGCAAUACUAAAGAUAAUACUGUUAGAAUACCAUAUUAUAUGUAAAUAUUAUUAUAUAUAUUUAUAUAGGGAAAAAACUGAGAAAUAUAUAUAAAAAUAAGAUUUAAGUAACUACAUUUUGAAAUUUGCAAAAACUAUUGAUACAUUUAUAAUGUUGAGAAAGAUACUUGUUACAAAUAUUGGAGUUUAAUAUGCAUUAAGUUUUACUAUUGCUAGUAGUUUAUCACCAAAAUAAUUAGAGAACUUAUAAAUUAAUUUGAGUAAUGGUAAUUUCUUUUAGAAAAAAUACUUAUUUAAAGUUAACAAUCAGAAAUUAAUACUUUAUGAUCCAUUUGCUAUUAGAUAUUCCUAAAGUUUUGAACAUUUAAUUGGAGAAAUCAAUUUAAAUGGAUAUUUGAUACCUGCUUUUACAGCUACAAUAAUUGGUAUUCUAAAUCCAGAGUAAUAAUUUAAUUAUAUAAUAUUUUAGUCUUGUAGAAUAUUUAAAUGUUUUAUUUUGGUAAUUAGGAUGUAAAGAAUCAGUUGAACCUUUUAUUAAGAAAUUAAAAGAUAUUGUUUAUGAAAAUGGAAUUAUUGAUUCAAAAUGUGAUAGAUUAAUUGCUAUUUCUAAAGGAUUAUUUGGAGGAUAAGAGAAACUCAAAUAAUGGGUUAAAAGAUGGUUUUGA